GAUGCGUCUAGCGGUCAGCCAUCGAAGUUCACAACGUGAGUUCCCUUACCAUGGCCCGCAAUGUUGGCAGCGAGCGCUGCUCAUUGUGCUGCUGCUCUGGGUGCGAGGUUCACUGGCCGAGGACGAAAUCGACCUGAGGAGGCCAGUGCACCAUACAGCAUCUGCCACGUGUCCGGAGAAGAUGCCCGUGUGGCAGUGCGUGCGCCUCAGUUGGUCGGCGCCACCGUGCCGGACCAACUUCGACUGCGCCAUGCCGUUUCCCUGCUGCGUGACCUGGUGCCGCAACUUUUGCGCCAACGAUUUCCGUGCAUGAGGAGCACGUCCCCGUGCAGGACUCCGAAGGAGGAAUCGUCCGCUGAGCGCAGCCAGUUUCAUAAUU